GCCGCGGUGUUCGGGGACACACUGAAUCACUGUAGGUUAGGACUCCCGUUGGAGUAACUGGAGGAAAACGUCUGUCUCUCUCGUCAAAACUCGCAAGAAAACAUCGUGAAAUCACUCGGAUGCACUUCGUGAAAGAACGACUGUAGAGGGUUUGAAUCCCAGCUGGACGUCAGAUAAGAGCCGUGGACGGUUUUAUUUGGACGAAGUGAUUGAUCACGGGCUGUGUGUGCGUGCGCGCGUGCGUGCGUGUGUUUUCGUGUGGAAAGCCAAACACGCAUACACGCAGUCACAGGUUGACGCUAACGUUAGCUAGCCGAGGAAGCUAGCUGCGGUUAGCUGUGUUCCCCCCUUAAACCCGGGACCUAACCAGCCGGAGCUAAACUUAAAACAACUGUCAGACAUUUUUUUUUUCGCAGACCGCUUGCUCGGUGAUUCAGUCAUGAUGUGGUGUGUUUUCGGACGUGUAUCAAGUUGGCCGGCUGGUAGUAUCGGCUGACUGGAAGCCUAACGUUUGUGUAAAAAGUUUGCGUGUUGGGAAGUUGAGGAUUUUUCCAAGCCUGUGGAAAAAUGGAUGCGGGUAUAGAGAAGGAAUGCAGCGCCUUGGGAGGGCUCUUCCAGCUCGUCAUGAACGACAUGAAGGCCAGUUAUCCUACGUGGGAGGACUUUGUAACCAAAGGAGCCAAGCUACAAUCACAACUCAGGACGACCCUCGUGGUGACCGGAGCCUUCCUGGACGCUUUUCAGAAGGUGGCAGACAUGGCGACCGGGACCAGAGGUGCCACCAAAGACAUCGGCUCAGCACUAACCAGGAUGUGUAUGAGACACCGCAGCAUUGAGUCCAAACUCAAACUGUUCACCACAGCUCUCUCAGAAAGUCUUAUCACACCAUUGGAGUUGAAGAUGGAAGAGUGGAAAAAAGUGGCCAGUCAGCUGGACAAAGACCAUGCUAAAGAGUACAAGAAGGCCAGAGCUGACAUCAAGAAGAAAUCGUCAGACACCAUCAAACUGCAGAAGAAGGUGAAGAAAGGAAAGGGAGAGGCCCGGGGCCAGCUGGACAGUGCGCUGCAGGACGUCAACGUGCGUUACGCCGUCCUUGAGGAGACGGAGAAGCGAGCCGUGUGCAGAGCGCUGAUUGAAGAAAGAGCACGCUACUGCAGCUUCGUCAGCAUGUUGAAGCCUGUGCUGGACCAUGAGAUCAACAUGCUGGGUGAGGUGACCCACCUGCAAACCAUUCUGGAAGAUCUGACCAACCUGACAGCUGAGCCCAAUAAACUCCCACCAGCCAGCGAACAGGUGAUUUUGGACCUGAACGGUUCUGAUUUCAACUACUCCUAUCAGACGCCUCCAGCUUCUCCCAGUAACACUAUGUCCAGGAAGAGCAGUAUCAGCAGUAACUACCAGUCUGGAUCAGUGAGGCACGUUCCCUCCUUGGACUCAAUCAGCUGUGCUGUCGAUGGAGUACACAUCCAGGAUGGACUUGGCUCUACCAAUCAGCUUGCGGCUGAGGGGUGCGGAGCGGCAGAGAACGGCAUGUUGGCCCCGCCACACAACGCCUACACACAUCACGGAGAGAGAGCUCGCGCCAUGUCUGCGUCUGGGAAGUCGUGCUCGGCCCGGGAUCAGCUGGCACUGACAUUGGGUGCGUUGAAUUCAGACGCCCCGAGGAGCAGCAGGGACUCCCUGCACUGUUCCAGCGGCUACAGCACCCAGACCACCACCCCGUCCUGCUCUGAGGACACCAUACACACACACACUGUAAAGAGAGAUCCUCCCCUCUAUGUGGACUACGAGACCAUCUCUCUCCACGGAGACGCAGACUCCUUCUCCUUACAUCACCUCUCUCACGGCAACACACAGUCAGACUUUGACAAGUCCUCGACCAUCCCGAGAAACUCCGACCUCGGUGUCCAGUUCAGGAAGUUCGCUCAGUCUAAGCGCCCCUCCUCCACAGUCAGCCUAUUGGCUGAGCCCGAAUUAACUGGCAGGGUUGUCCACCAGCUGCCGUACCAAACCGCGACAAUCAGGCGCAAACCGUCGUCCAAGCCGGCGUUUCGCAGGGGCACGAUCAGCGGGGGGGUUCCCAUCCCUAUCUGCACCCCGCAGGUUCCCCCUAAAGCCAUCGGAGGAAAUGGUGGGAGUGACGAGAAUGUUUUCACAGCGCCCUCUGCUGUUGGAGCAGGAGGUUUAGGGUACAGUAAACUCUGCACCUCCACACAAAGCCUCAGUGCCUUACCGCCUCCCUCUUCAUCCCCAUACUACCAGCUGGUCCCAGGUCAGAUGCCCAUCCCGGUGCCUGUACCCACUGUACCCUCCCUGCCACCAGAGCGCAGCAAUGCCAAACAGUUUCAGCAAACACCACAGCAACAGCAGCAAAUCAACCAACAACUUAACUAUCAGCAGCAACAGGGUCAACUGCAGCAGCACAACCAGCAACUGCAGAUUCAACAGCAACAGCAAUAUCAUCAUCUGCAACAGGUUCAGCAGCAGCAGCAACUACAGCAACAGGUUCAGCAGCAGCAGCAACUACAGCAACAGGUGCAACAGCAACAGGUUCACCAACAGCUACAUCCACAGUUUCAAGAGCAACAUGUUCAACAUCAGCAGCAACUACAUCAACAGAUGCAACAGCAACUACAUCAACAGAUGCAACAGCAACUACAGCCACAGUUUCAAGAGCAACAUGUUCAACUACAGCAACAUGUUCAAGAGCAACAGUUUCAACAGCAACUACAGCAACAGAUUCAACAGCAACAAUCACUGCUUCAGCAACCCCAGCAGCUGCAACAUCAACAAGAUCAGUAUCAACAACAGCUGAAGCAGAAGCAGAUUCUGUUCCAGCAGCAGCAGGCCCAGCUCCAGCCCUCUGCUUCCCAGGUAGAGCCCUCCGGUCUGGGCCACAGUGAUCACUAUCAGCCCCAGGCUCCUCCACCCUGCAUCCAGGACCAGAACCCGGAGCAGCUGAGCCAGGAGGGAGGAGGAGACAUGCUGCACCAGAUCAGAAAAGUAAAGCUCAAAAGGACCAUCACCAACGACCGCUCCGCUCCUCUCCUGCCCCCUCCAACCAAUCACAAAUUAGGCUGAAUGACUCAUUUGUUUUGCUUCCCUGCCGGUUAACUGUUUAGUUUAAUGGGUUCAGCGGCCAGAAGUGUCAGCACGGACUGCACAGAGCAAAAUCAAACAGACUUCCUGUUAAAUACAGAUGGUUAACUGAUUUAAUCGCUGAAACUAAACGUGUGUCUUAUUUUAUUUUCUAAAGUUCUGCUUAAGUUUUAGGCCAUUUAGGUUUGUUUUAAACAUUUUUGAGACUUUGUUGUCAUUUCCUGUUGCUGCAGCGACCCUCUCUUGCCUUUUUUUUGUGUUUGCAUUUUGAUUGUGCAUAAAGUUUUUGUCUGAACCAUAGAACUGUUGAUUGUUUUAGUAAGCACUCACUUCCUGGUCAGAAGAUCGUGGUAAUUAGCCUUGGUGUGUUUGAUUUGCCUUUUGUCGAGACUCCCAGAAUGGUGGGGUUUAGUAAUUAGUCAAGUAGCUCCUCUAUAUUACAUGGUUGAACCAUGGUGUCUGGAGGUUUUAAUUUGUUGGUUGUGGGCCAGUGUCGGUCCGGUGAGUGAAUGACAUUUCAGUCAUCAGAGUUUGAUUUAUUCUUGGUCAUCUCAGAGACUCAAACACCGAACUUGAAGGUCACGACUCUGGAAUAAAACCUUGACAGGGUCUGUAGAUUGUAAAUAUGUUAGAACAAAGGAAGCUUUGGCAGCAGCAGGUUGGAUGUUUUGCUUAAAGGCACGUUGUUAAAAGGUCACUCACUUUCUUUCACCGCGUACAGUAACUUUAACUGAAUAUAAGUCAGAAUAUAACAGUUUCCGCCACAGGGAAGGCAAAUGGUUCCACUGAGAUACUGUUUGUUGAAAAAUGAGAUUUAUUUGCAACUUUUAGAGGCAACACUGUUUUAGGAGAAGGUGACAAUGGAUGACGAUACCUGAGAACAUAGCGGGCUAUGAGAAGAACUACAAAGAGAAGUAGAGUCGAUCGCAGCUGCUAAUAACAUUCAGGUCUGUGAUGGUUUAACGGCGGUUGUCAGCAGUUACAGGGGACACGCUACCAUGUUGGAAGACUUUAUUGAACCAUCUGCUACCAAAGAAAAUACACUUUUUAGAUAUUAAUGAAUGUAAAUAACUAGAGACUGAACCACACAAGGUUUUCAUAUUUAUAUUUGAAAACAUUGGCCAACAUAAGCAAUUAUUUUGAUAAAGAACCCUUAAAUUUGGUCAUUGAGAAUUGUGAUUGAGGUAUGUACUGAGUAGACAAACUAUGUGAUGGAGACACUUUCUAAAUGACCACAUACAUGUUUUUGGCAUUGCUUCUUACUUACUGGCUGACAUAUACCCAACUACAUUCACUUUAAGUUGCAUUAAAUGAUGUUUGACUUCUAUCAAUUGUUAUGUUACCAGUAGGAACACUAACGACACCAGAGCCAGAUCAAUACAUCAUUCAGUGUUAAGUUAAUGUGGAUAUAUUGGUGCAUCUGUAUACGUGUCGGCCAAUACAUAGUUUGUCCUUCUGAAAGCACUGAAAAAUCUAUUCUUAUUUUUGCACUGUAAAAUAUCUAGUUCAGUUCAUAUCUUGGUCACAAAUAUGUAUUAACUGCAUUUAACGGUUCCUUAAAACAUCUGUUAUUUGAUAGACACUUUUCCUCACAUAGCAUUACAGUAUCGCCCACAAAACUCCAGUUUCAGUCUAAACAACACUCAUUUAAAAAAGUCUUUGCACAGAAACAAGCAACAAUUAUUCCUUUAUUAAAUUACACAGUUACAUUUGAUCACUUAAGAACAUCAAGCAUGUGGUGUUUCUUGAAUUUGUUCUUAGGGCUGCAACUACUUGAUUAAUCUGCCAAUUAUUUUGUCAAUUAAUUAUUUUCUCUUUAAAAUAUUUCCAUCACAUGUUCCUGAAGCCAAAUGAUAUUCAGUUUACUAUUGCAUCAGAUUAAGAAGCUAAAACUAGUGAAUUUUUAACCCUUUUGCUUGGAAAAAAAACACAGCAGAUUUACUUUCUUUAAAAGAGCUGCUUAGAGCCAAUCAGAGUCCAGGAUUGUGUGUGUUUGCAGCCAACUUUUAACUUUAAAUGAAAUUAUAUUUAUCUACAGAGUUUAGUUGGGCUCCAGUAGCUGGUUCUAUUUUGGAUCCUGUUCCAAGUUGGUAAAAUAUUUAGAGCUGUAAAUUUCUUAAUUCUCAUAAAUCUACUAUUUGAUAUGUUAUCUUCUCUAUAUCUUCUUUGUUUUUUUUUGUUUUUUUACAAAACCUGAUUCCAGAUUGAGUCACUGCUCACAUCUCAGAUAUUUUCAGUGAUCAAAUACGUUGAUGACUUUUUCUCUGGUUGGAUAAACAAUCAGAAAAUGGGGACGCGAUUUCGAAACAUGGAUUCGAUCAACGCAGCUUUGUCUUAAAUCUGCAUAUUUCUUCAGCAGCAGCAAAAUAAUCCCCCUCUCCCGAACGUGAUAUCAGACUGAAUAAUCACGUGAAUGGAUUUAGUUGUUAUAAAAGACGUGUUGCCUCUAAAAGUUGCCUGUCAAGUGUCGACUUUAUACGGUGAGCCGUCAGAGCAUGCUGGGAAGCAGGACUGUAGCUACCGCUGAGGUCAUGUCCUUGGUAAAUAAGAGUUAACUAGAGCUCAAUAUAUAUAUUUUUUUUUUUUUAUGAAAUCCAUUAAACAUUUGGUCUAAAACAGUAAAAACUAAUGACAACUUCCCAGAGCUGAAGUCUUCUUUUGUCUGAUUCUUUUGUCCAAAACCUAAAGAUAUUCAGUUUACCAUCAUAGAAGACGAAGAAAACCAGCAAACCUUUUCAUUUGAAAAGCUGAAACCGGUAAAUUUGGCAUUUAAAAAAGUCUUAAACGAUUAAUGGAUUCAUCAAAAUAGUUUCUGAAUUAGUUUUUAGAGCAAAAAUGUUAAAAUGUGACAUUUUUGGCAGGAAAUUAAAGUUAAUAAUAAAAGCAAUUUAGUAUUUUCCACCAGAAUGACUUACCUGAAGAUAUAAAUACACAAAAUGUAACAGUUUGGUUGGUCGUUCAUUGAACAUUUCUUUGCCGGGUGGGGCUUUGUGGUCUGAAUUCAGGACCUCAGUAUCCUGACUACAGCCCUGCUGGGAAGAUGUCUGGCAGAAACCAGCUGCAUGCUGGGAAAUGCAGUCCAGUCUCCGGUCAGCUGGUCGUCCUCUGUUCUCAGAGAAACUUUUGUGUAUUUAGGGAUUUCCUGCAGCUGAUUCAAGUGUUUAUAUUGUUGAUGAGACAGAAACCCUGCCUUCUGAUCAGUCUGAGAGCUUCUGAUAUUCAAUAGAUUGAUUGGACCCAAGUUGUGUGUGUAUAUAGUGUAUUAGUGCUUCUAUUCCUGGGAGAGAUCUAAAUCUAUAUAUAAAAAUGUAUGUAUACAUAUCCUGAUUGUAUUUUUGUUGAUUUAUUGAUCAGACGAUGUGAUCAGAUCUGACACCACCAUCGGUCGUCACUCGUCAUAUUUUUGUAGAAAAGCUUUAAAGAAGGAAACACAGUGAACUUCCUGAUGUUUGAGGAUCUGAAACCUGAUUGGAUGUCUGACUGUCGAGAAGCAAACAAAGGACUAAUGGACGACAUGAACCAACGGAAUGUAGAAAUAUUUUGCUCUUCAUCUUUUGAUGUUCGCUGUGGGAUCAAUAAUAAUAAUAAUUGAUUCAUCAA